AUGUUCAGAGCUCGUUUCGCUUCUGCAACGCGUCAACAGGGAUACAGAGCUCUGUCUCAAGGCUUGAGGAGCGUUUACCCCGCUCUCAGAUCAUCAGAGCCCACCGUCCAUGUUGGCCAAUCGAGGAAGUUGACGACGAGCACCCAGCCCGCCGAGGAUCUACAUGACUUCGGCGUGAGGCACGUUACGAAGGGCCUCGGACGGAUCACUGAGGGUAUCAUGACCAAGGGCGAAGGCACGUACGUCGUCUACGAUGAUGGACGAAGGAUGUUGGACUUCACCUGCGGGAUCGGGGUGACCAACCUCGGGCAUGCUCAUCCGAAAGUCAGCAAAGCGGCAGCUGAUCAGUGCAUGCAGCUCGUUCAUUCCCAAUGUAGCAUCUCGCUGCACGAGCCCUAUCUCCGGCUCAUCGAGCGUCUCUUGCCCAUUAUGCCCGAUCCAUCCCUUGAUUCGUUCUUCUUCUGGAACUCUGGGUCUGAGGCUGUUGAGGCUGCCAUUAAGAUGGCCAGCAAGACCAUUUACUCUGCCGGAGUCCAUCCUCUCAUGCCUGGAGUAUACUCCAUUCCUUACCCUUACUGGCAUCAAUCCAACCUACCUCUCAACACGCCUGCCUCGGUUCUAUCCUCAAAUUCGCUCUAUCAACUCGAGCUAUUACUCGCCCAACAAACAUCACCUACCGACACGGCGGCCAUUAUCAUCGAACCCGUGCUUGGAGAAGGCGGUUACGUUCCUGCACCACCUGAGUUUUUGCAAGGAUUGAGGAAGAUCUGCGACAAGCAUAACAUUAUGCUUAUCAUUGACGAGGUGCAGAGCGGGUUCGGAAGAGCUGGGUCGUGGUUUGCUAUCUCUGAGAGCGGUGUCCGACCAGACAUCCUCGUCAUGGCUAAGGCAGGUUGUGGCCUCGGCAAUGGAUUCCCAAUUAGUGGUGUCGUCAGCCGUAGAGAGCUUACUGACAAGCUGAAGCCCGGCUCCAUGGGAGGAACAUACGCUGGUAACGCCGUUUCCUGCGCUGCAGCCGUCGCCGUCAACGACGUCAUGCACGAGGAGAACGUGAUGGAGAAUGUGCAAGCUCGUUCCACCGAACUCUUCUCCGCACUCAAUGCCCUCAAGUACGACCCAGCCCUCAACCCACACAUUCUCGACGUCCGCGGGCGUGGCCUGAUGGUCGGCGUUGAAUUUGCCUCGCCCGACGUCUCCACGCACCACUUCUCCUCUCAUUCUGCUGCAUCUCUACCAAACAUCUCCGCCUCUGCCACGCCCCACGCGAAGCACAGCUCCCACCCCGCAAACAUGGCUUCGCGCGUAGCGAGGAAAUGCAUCGAGAAGGGGAUGUUGAUCUUGACAACGAGCGUGUAUGAGGUCAUCAGGUUCAUCCCGCCGUUGAAUGUCAGCAAGGAGGACUUGAAGAAAGGCUGUGCAAUCUUCGCUGAGAGCGUUAGGGAGGUUGUCAAGGAGGGUUAA